AUGUCUAAACAACAGUCGCUUCAUGUGUUUUUAAAUGAGCGCUUAACUGCGGCUGCUGUGGAGAUUUUCGGGAAAGUUGAGAAAACGGUAGUGGAGUACCAGGAGGAGAAUGAUCGGUUACGGAGACUGCUGCGGAUCACACCGGAGAUACAACUAUGUAUAAUAGAAUCCCUGCAGCUCUCUGUCUCUGAAGAGGAGGUUCCCCCUGAGCAGCAGCACUGUGAGCAGGAGUGGAGCCCCAGUCUGGGACAGAAGGACCCAGAGACCAAACAGAUUAAAGAGGAACAGGAGGAAGUCAGGACCAGUCAGGAAGAAGAGCAGCUUCAAGGGCUCUUUGAUACCAAAGACUCCAUAUUCACUCCUUCCUGUGUGAAAAACUGCCUGCAGAUCUCUGUCUCUGAAGAGGAGGUUCCCACUGAGCAGCAGCACUGUGAGCAGGAGUGGAGCCCCAGUCUGGGACAGAAGGACCCAGAGACCAAACAGAUUAAAGAGGAACAGGAGGAAGUCAGGACCAGUCAGGAGGAAGAGCAGCUUCAAGGGCUCUUUGAUACCAAAGACUCCAUAUUCACUACUUCCUGUGUGAAAAGUGAAUGUGAUCAGGAGGACCAAACCAAGACUGUGGAGAACAGAGAGAGAGACUCUAAACCAGUGGAUCGCAAACCUUUUGUCACUGUGACCCACAUUAAGGGUCUCAACAUUCCCUGUGACCCUCCAGAUAAUCAAAACAAUGCCUCCAGCCACAGUUCAGCUGUAAGCAGCGACCCAGUAGGACUUGACAGCAGCCCACCAUUGGGUCCCAGUCCACCAUUGGGUCCCAGUCCACCAUUGGAUCCCAGCCCACCAUUGGAUCCCAGCCCACCAUUGGAUCCCAGUCCACCAUUGGAUCCCAGUCCACCAUUGGGUCCCAGUCCACCAUUGGGUCCCAGUCCACCAUUGUGUCCCAGUCCACCAUUGGAUCCCAGCCCACCAUUGGAGAAACACUGUUCCAAACCCAACACCACAGCUAGAAAACCUCACUACUGCUGUGACUGUGGUGCAACAUUUGUUCUGAAAGCUGAACUGCAGAGACAUGUGACUCUCUUCAGUAAGAUACCCAGUGAAUGUAGUUCCUGCAAUAAACACUACAACUCCACCUGUAAACUGAAGGCCCAUGUCCGACUCUGUCACAGUGGUAAACCCUGCACCUGUCCUGUUUGUGGAAAGACCUUCAAACUCAAAGGAGUUCUGUCCAGACACAUGAGGAUUCACACAGGAGAGAAACCAUUUACCUGUGGUGACUGUGGGAAAAGCUUCAAUCGCACGGAUUUCCUAACCAGGCAUAAACUGACUCACACAGGAGAGAAGCCAUUCACCUGUGGUGACUGUGGGAAAAGCUUCAAUCGGAAGGAGACCUUAACUACGCACAAACUGACUCACACCAAAGAGAAACCAUUUAGCUGUGAUGAGUGUGGGAAAGGCUUCAAUCGGAUGGUGAGCCUAACCUCUCAUGAACUGACUCACACAGCAGAGAAACCAUUUAGCUGUGGUGACUGUGGGAACAGCUUCCAUCUCAAAAGGAACCUAACCAGGCAUAAAUUGACUCACACCAGAGAGAAACCAUUUAGCUGUGGUGACUGUGGGAACAGCUUCCAUCUCAAAAGGAACCUAACCAGGCAUAAACUGACUCACACCAGAGAGAAGCCAUUCACCUGUGGUGACUGUGGGAAAAGCUUCAAUCGCAAGGAUACCUUAACUUUGCACAAAUUGACUCACACCAGAGAGAAACCAUUUAGCUGUGAUGAGUGUGGGAAAGGCUUCAAUCAGAAGUUGAGCCUAACCACUCACGAACUGACUCACACAGCAGAGAAACCAUUUAGCUGUGGUGACUGUGGGAAAGGCUUCAAUCAGAAGUUGAGCCUAACCACUCACGAACUGACUCACACAGCAGAGAAACCAUUUAGCUGUGGUGACUGUGGAGAAAGCUUCCAUCUCAAAAGGAACCUAACCAGGCAUAAACUGACUCACACAGGAGAGAAGCCAUUCACCUGUGGUGACUGUUGGAAAAGCUUCAAUCGCAAGGAUACCUUAACUACACACAAAUUGACUCACACCAGAGAGAAACAAUUUAGCUGUGAUGAGUGUGGGAAAGGCUUCAAUCGGAAGGUGAGCCUAACCACACACGAACGGACUCACACAGCAGAGAAACCAUUUAGCUGUGGUGACUGUGGGAAGAGUUUUAUUUAUAAGAGGGGCCUAAUGAGACAUAAACUGAUUCACACAGGAGAGAAACCAUUUAGCUGUGGUGACUGAGGGAAGAGUUUUAUUUAUAAGAGGGGCCUAAUGAGACAUAAACUGAUUCACACAGGAGAGAAACCAUUUAGCUGUGGUGACUGAGGGAAAAGUUUCAAUCGCAAGGAGACCUUAACUACACACAGACUCACAGCAGAGAUAAACCAUUUAGCUGUGGUGACUGAGGGAAAAACUUAAAUCGGAAACAACAUGGCUGCUCAGUCUGAUAAUAUAUUAAUUCAGAAGACUAAUCUACUGACACGUGAAAAACAACCACAAAGAAAGUGAAUGAGGACACAGAGAGGAGACUAAGAGAGUAUUGAGAUACACCUGUGGACCAACUCUAACUGGUCCUCCUGAUCCUGCUCAGUCCAAUGUCACAGUAAUUAUAUAAUGGGACUGUUGUCUGAACAGGCAAUGUUGCUGCUCUUUGUGUUUGAAAUGGACAAUCUGCAGUUCAGACAACCACCAGUUUUUAGGUGAACAACUGGGAGAUGAUGUUGGAGAGUUGUGAACACUCAAUGUUGUAGAAAGAUCUGUAGACAUGGAUACAAGAUGUCCAGAUCUGAUGCAGGUUUCCCAAUAGACGGCCCGUUGGGGGUUUUAUUUGGCUCGCAAGUUUUCUGAGCAAAACAAGAUAAUAUAUAGAAUUUUUGUAUUUAUUUUUGAUUCAUUUUUGAUAUAUUUUUUUAAUUGAGGGAAUAUGUUCUCAAUUAUUCCCAUGUGUAAAUAGAUUUACACUACCAGUCAAAAGUUUGAAUACACCUACUCAUUCAAGGGUUUUUCUUUAUUUGUACUAUUUUCUACAUUGUACAAUAAUAGUGAAGACAAACUAUGAAGUAACAUAUGGAAUCAUGUAGUAACCAAAAGUGUUAUAUCAAAAUAUGUCAUAUUUUAGAUUCUUCAAAGUAGCCGACCAGAUGUAUCCGAUCUCAAGAAAUUGUACAAAACAUCCCCCAAAACAUCCCCAUAAUCAAUGUGAGCAUUACUUAACCAGGGGAGUAGUGAUUGGAUAAGGGGGAUGUUUUGUAACUAGGGGAGUGGUGAUUGGAUAAGGGGGAUGUUUUGUAACUAGGGGAGUAGUGAUUGGAUAAGGGGGAUGUAU